UUAAAAAAAUUAAAAUAAGUUAGUUGGAGUGUACAGUUUUGUAAAAUAGGAUCAUAUUCAGUUGGAAUAUUGAUUAAAUUGAUAUGAUUUUCUCUGACAGUUAAAAUUUCAACAAUGCCAAACAGAACCAUCAUCAUGGAUUUCUUGCUUAUGGGAUUUUCUGAGCAACGGGAAUUCCAGAUUUUGCAUUUUGUGGUCUUCCUCAUGAUGUAUCUGGUUAUACUGAUAGGAAAUCUUCUUCUCAUUAUUCUGGUAGUAAUGGACAACCAUCUUCAGACACAAUGUAUUUCUUUCUGGUCAAUUUAGCAAUUGUUGAUCUUGGAUCUACCACUGUCAUCAUUCCCAGAUCAAUAGCCAGCGCCCUUGUGAAUAUAAGAAAGAUAUCUUAUUCUGAAUGUGCUGCACAAAUGUUUUUCUUUCUUUUUUUCCUGUCAUCUGACCUUUUCCUUCUCACUGCUAUGGCCUAUGACAGAUAUGUGGCUAUCUGCCAUCCUUUACAUUACAUGUCUGUGAUGAAAUGGGGAAGCUGCUUCCGGAUGGCAGGGAGCGCAUGGAUGCUAGGCUUUCUUAAUGCUGCCAUGCAUACAGGAACUCUCUUUUCAUUGCCUUUCUGUUCUGCAGUCAUCCAUCAGUUCUUCUGUGAAAUCCCACACCUCAUGAAGAUUUCCUGCUUCAAUUCCAAAUUCCAUGAAAUCUCUGUUCUUCUUUUAAGUACUUUAAUUGGUGGUGUUUGUUUUAUGUUAAUUAUCAUGUCCUAUGUAAAAAUCUUUAAGACUGUAUUGAGCAUGUCCUCAAUGGCCAGUAGACAAAAGGCCUUCUCUACUUGCAUUCCCCAUCUCCUCGUUGUUAGCUUAUUAUGUUGUACAGGAGCAUUUUCCCAUUUGAUUCCAAAUUCUGGAUCUUCUUCCAAUUGGGAUGAAGUCCUUGCAGUGAUCUAUUCUGUGAUCCCUCCAAUGAUAGAAUAGAAUAGAAUAGAAUUUUUUAUUGGCCAAGUGUGAUUGGACACACAAGGAAUUUGUCUUGGUGCAUAUGCUCUCAGUGUACAUAAAAGAAAAGAUACGUUCAUCAAGGUACAACAUUUACAACACAAUUGAUGAUCAAUAUAUCAAUAUAAAUCAUAAGGAUUGCCAGCAACAAGUUAUAGUCAUACAGUCAUAAGUGGAAAGAGAUUGGUGAUGGGAACUAUGAAACGAUUAAUAGUAGUGCAGAUUCAGUAAAUAGUCUGACAGUGUUGAGGGAAUUAUUUGUUUAGCAGAGUGAUGGCCUUCGGGAAAAAAAUGUUCUUGUGUCUAGUUGUUCUGGUGUGCAGUGCUCUAUAGCGUUGUUUUGAGGGUAGGAGUUGAAACAGUUUAUGUCCAGGAUGCGAGGGAUCUGCAAAUAUUUUCACGGCCCUCUUCUUGAUUCGUGCAGUAUACAGGUCCUCAAUGGAAGGCAAGUUGGUAGCAAUUAUUUUUUCUGCAGUUCUAAUUAACC